CCCCUCUUCUUCUCCUCCGCGCAUCUGGUGAGAAAGGACGGUGACACUGAGAGGAGAGUUAUGCGUGGCGCUCAGCGUAGACCUGGUGGCCAAAAGUUUACUGAGACACGGCACUGCUCAACACAGCAGCACCGCUGGAGGAAAACGUUGGCUCGUCAUGCAAGUAUGCAGCUUAUGCUUGAAAUGCUCUGACGGCUCGGCCCCAACCAUCUAGGCACCAGGAGGUGCAGGGUCAGAAGGGGUGAGCACACGGUGCCAGAGCACUGCGGCUUCCAAACAAAGCUGCCGUGCCGCCAUCCUCAGAAUACAAGUGUUCUGGAAACGUCAGCGCUCGCUGCUCUCAGCCCUCCUCCACACUCUCGUUGCAUGGACGCACACUCCACACUCAAUCAUAUCCUCUGCUUGGGAGGCGGCAGCAACAACAACAGCCGACUUCAUGACCACUUACGAUGACGGCGCGAAACAAUACCUAUCCGUGAUAGUGCCGUUGAGGCACAAUAUAGUCAGUAUGAAGCGUCCUCAUGUAAAUUCCACCAGCUCUCUGGCGUAGGUGGCUUCGAGAGCUUCCUCGUCCAACCCCCUUCAUCCCAUUCGGGGAAAACGUGGAGGCACACAUCAGCGACCGGCAGUCGCGAUUCCAUAUCCACCCUCAAACCGAGGGCAUUGACGAUCAGGGUGCGCGUGCACAGCCACCACGACAAUGUAUGCACAGGUUCGCACGAAUUGUGCACCGGCGAAGCCCGCUAUGCUGGUCGGGGUGAGCAUGCGGGGCAACGGAAGGAGCAGGGUCAGGAAGGGAGGAGGCGAGGAGGAGGAGAAGGAGGAAGGAGGAGGAGGAGGAGACAUUGAGCAUGAGGACUACGAGCUGGUGUGCGUACACCUUAGCACGGCGGCGAGAAGCUCAAGGCCACGUGAAGAUCCUGUCACCCACCUCUGGCCCAGCGCCGCGCGAAAUUUCUCCAGCAGUGCGCAUUGCCUGCUCGAGACCACCGAAGAGGAAGAGGGGGGCAAUGCGUCGAGAUGGGCGGAAGAGGGCGAGGAAGCGAAUGAACGCAGCACGCUAUCUGCGGCCGUUGUUUCUUCUUCGACCUUCGCUGCAUCGCGUGAGGCGAUGUGCCUGGCACAGCCCCUGCCGAGCGUGUGCUGUCGGCAGCGGCCGCACCGUUGAGCCCCCAGGGCGGCGCGCCCGGUCUGGGGCACGGCCCCUCGGCGGAGACGCUGCCCCCCGAGCGCCGACGCGCGCCACCCUGAGAAUGCCGAUGGAAGCCGGGCGAGGGCUGGCAAAUCCGUGGCUGCUAAAACGGUCUUCCCGGAAGAAAAACAAAAACAAGAUCCCGGAAUCACGCCCAACGCACCGAAGAGUACGCACA